AUGGAGAACGAUGAGAUGAAUCACUCUCCACAAAAGCGUCGUAAACAGACCCGUGUUUGGACGGAUGGAUGCUUUGAUAUGGUCCAUUUCGGUCACGCGAACGCCCUGCGCCAAGCCAAAGCAAUGGGCGAUGUUCUUGUUGUGGGUGUUCACUCCGAUGAGGAAAUUAAACGGCACAAAGGCCCUCCAGUUUUUAAUGAGCAAGAACGAUUCAAAAUGUGCAAAGCGAUCAAGUGGGUCGAUGAAGUUGUUAUGGACGCGCCGUACGUGACGACCAUCGAAACUCUUGACAAAUACAACUGUGAUUUUUGCGUUCAUGGAGAUGACAUCACGUUGACUGCUGAUGGUAGAGACACAUAUGAGAUGGUGAAAGUAGCUGGGCGAUACAAAGAAUGUAAACGUACAGCCGGAGUGUCCACCACAAACCUUGUGGGCAGAAUGCUUCUGAUGACUAAGGAACAUUUUGAUAGGUGUCCAUCACCAAUUACAAAUAUGAACCCAGACCAAGUGAGUGGGGCCAGUUCUGAUCCAACUGCUAAGAGCCCCUGGACUUGUGUGUCCCAUUUUCUUCCAACCUCCCAGAGGAUUGUCCAGUUUUCAGACGGAAAGGAACCCAAGCCUGGUGACAGAAUAGCGUAUGCCGCAGGUGCCUUUGAUCUUUUCCAUGUGGGCUUGCUGGAUUUUCUCGACGCAGCAAAAAAAGAAGGAGACUAUCUUAUAGUUGGUCUUCAUACAGAUCCAGUUGUUAAUCGUUACAAGGGAAGCAACUUUCCAAUCAUGAGUUUGCAUCAAAGGGUUCUUAGUGUACUGGCUUGCCGUUAUGUUGACCAGGUCAUUAUUGGUGCACCAUAUAAAGUUACCAAUGAGUUGUUGGAGCAAUUUAAGGUAGGCAGUUUGCAUUUGUUUAGAACCUUUUAAUUCUUGUUAUUCACUAGACCCUAUGUUAUUUGAUAAACAGUCGAAGCUCUCAUAAGCAAACACCUCGGAAAUUCAAAAAAGUGGUCAUAACUAUAGCUUGUCGAUUAAGAGAAUGAGCUCUUGUAAGUGACUGUAAAACAAUAGAGGGUGGUUGCUCACGAGAGCUUUAGAAACUCAUUAAUAAUUCAUAAUGAAAAAACAAAAGAAAUUGAGACGGAAUCCACUAAACUCAAUUCAUGAAUAGUGAUUAAAAAUAUGUUAGUCAAGGAUACCUUUUUAAAAGUACACAAAACCGCUCUUUUAAUUUAAAAUUUUGUUUUCCAUAUCAGCUUUUUCAUUAGACUGAGUUAAUUAUGAUGUCUGAAACCAACUCAUGCAACAGUCAUGCUGAAGUCAAGCCAGCUUAGAAUGGCAGUAUAGUGACUUUUGAAGCAGGCCUUACUGCAACAGCUACCAACAGUUUAGUUUUCACAUUUGAACUUUUGGCAUAUUGUCGGUAAAAAUGCAAUCAACCAUACUUUGUUGCUUUGAAUAGGCAUUUCUUGGUCUUGCAAAAACUAUCAUUGAUUCACUUCUGUUUUUUGGUCUAGGUUUUGCUCUGUGUCCUUCAAAUAUUUUGUAUUAUGUUAUGUCAUUUGGUGAUUUCACCGAUCCACAAUACCAAGAAACUACCCUUCGAAUGAGGUUAUGCUAUGAUUUCAAUCUUCAGUUGAAAAGUGGACUUUGAUUCUAAAAAUGCAAUCCAUUUUUAACUAGUGUAUUGGGACUGUCAUUAUUUAAGGGCCAGGAGCUGGGGAUUUGCCCUCACUACCAUGAGCAUGACCCUGGCUACUUUGAGAGGAAACAAGAGGAGAAUACUUGUCUUGUUUUCAGUUUUGUUUGAUUAUCAUUCUGCCAUAGAAGUUAAUUAUAUGCAUAAAAUUAAAAAAGAGAUGAGGCAAGGGAGCCUAAGGAAGACGGUAAAGCUUAUGAAUAGGACCACCUUUAAAAAUUAUAUGACCUAAUUAAUGAUGGAAAGAGAAAGGAAAAAAGGGGGGAUAAAGGAAAGAGAAGAUGGUGGGAGGGAGGGGGGCGAUUAUUUGAGGGAGCUGAUUAAUCGAGGGAGGGCUAUUAUUCAAGGAAAUAUGGUAAUUGACCAGUCAGGUCAGUAACCAGACUUAAAUACGAUCAACUGAUGAGAUACAACUCACCUUGACUAUGAAGAUGAUUACUGCUAAGGUUGUCAAAGUGUUAUUCACUGUUUACGACAGCCUUUUUCAGGACUAGAAACACCAAAACAGUCAUAUUUGACUUACUUAAUGAUGUUCUAUGUUAGCUGAAGUGACUUAUAGUCAAGUGAAGUAAUCUAUACAUGACGGGCUUUGCUCACCAAAAAAAAUUAUGCAAAUUAGGCUAAGGGUAGAUUGAAUCUACCCAUGGCUUAUGAUUAACUGAAACGGGAGAUCACAAUUUGCGCCUUCAUACGACUGAGGUGUUACUUUGGAAUCCUCGGUAAUUACUUUUUUCGCACUUGCCGGCAUCCAAAAACACCCGGCGUGGGAAUCACGAGACGUGUAAAUAAGACAUUUCUUGACAUAAUAAAAAGGUUUUCCAGAUACGGACGCGCAUUUGUUGGCUUUACUCGCGUGGAGACACACGUCAACUGUUACUUCUCACGCGAAAUAGUAUUCAAGGCAUGGCUCUACUGUAAAAACCCCGCUCUUUAUUGAUCGCACAACCAUAAUUAUAGCAGGCGAUAGCAAGAGAAAUAACUAUCACUCAAAUGGGAUAAUCGAAGAUCAAGAACCAAACCUUAACGAGAGCGGGGUUUAUAUCUGUUACUAAAGAGAAAUUGAAAAUGAAACAUAAACCCUUUGCCGACUCAGAAAAUAUUACGAGAAGCUAAGGUUUACCACCCGAGAAACAUUUUAAUGACGGCCUAAAUCUAUUCUUACGGGAAGAAUGAAAUUAUUUGCAAUUAUAUCGAUCGAACAGUAUACUAUCUUCAGUCUAUUACUGUGUAGUCGGCUGGAACAUUACACAAAACGGCGUCAGCAACGAGGUUCGAUGUGAUAAAUCAAGUACAUUUACUUACCUGUGAUAAAUUAAUGUUUACUCAAUGAGAAUGAUUUAAUCCCAGAGAAACUACGAUUCCCGAAACAGGAAAAUUUGGAAUUCUUGGACAUUAGUAACUACAACUGACUUAUAACAGCUUCAUUUUAAUAGCGACUUGAUUCUAUAAUAAUAAACCGUGAGAUCUAACGCAAAGCUCACAGGGCACGGCGAAGGGAAGGCAACCAGAGUGUUUGAAGUAAUCUCGGGAAGUUAACCCUAAGAUUCUAUUUUGCUAAAGUAAUGCUUUGAUUUAUUUAACGUACGAUAGUUGACUCGGUUGUGUUUUACAAACACAUUUUUUUGCAACCCAAGCUUCUUAAUUAAGCCAGAGAAGGGAAUUUUUUGUCGUCGAUUUUCAUUGACAAAAUCAUUUGUAAGAACUAAUAGACAUGUGAGUGUUAUAACUUUUCAUUUGACGUUUUACAGUACGGAUAGCUCUGUAACAAGCGACAAGAUAAUUUCAUUUUUACAUACAUAUAUUAGCAUCGUUUGAAUUUAACGAAUAAUACUAAUAAUAAAAACGUUUUGAUGGUGUUAUCAUGAUUUUGGUUAAAACAAUUUUGUCACAUUGUGUCGCUGAAAGUUUAUCUCAUGACCCAAGCAAUAAUUGUAACUAAAGUAAAUUCUAUGUGAAUUUCUGAAAGAAAACUAAAGCAAAUCAGUGUACACUCCAUCACCUUCUUCAAAUUAUAGCCCUGUGUCAAAGAAAAAUAGUUUUAAAUCACUUAAUAAUGAUGUUGAUAAUAAUAGCAAUAAACAAUAAUAAUAAUAAUCCGAAACAGAACCAGUUAGUACAAAAUGAAAAUGAUGAAAAUUAGGUCCUGUCAUCAGAUAACAACAGUCCACAAAUGAACUGACUACCCAAGAGAAACAGAACCAGUUAGUACAAAAUGAAAACUGUGAUGAAAAUUAGGUUCUGCCAUCAGAUAACAACAGCCCAUAAAUGAGCUGACUACCCAAGAGAAACAGAACCAGUUAGUACAAAAUGAAAACUGUGAUGAAAAUUAGGUUCUAUCAUCAGAUAACAACAGCCCAUAAAUGAACUGACUACCCAAGAGAAACAGAACCAGUUAGUACAAAAUGAAAAUGAUGAAAAUUAGGUCCUGUCACCAGAUAACAACAGUCCACAAAUGAACUGACUACCCAAGAGAAACAGAACCAGUUAGUACAAAAUGAAAACUGUGAGGAACAUUAGGUCCUGUCAUCAGAUAACAAUAGCCCAUAAAUGAACUGACUACCCAAGAGAAACAGAGCCAGUUAGUACAAAAUGAAAAUGAUGAAAAUUAGGUCCUGUCAUCAGAUAACAACAGCCCAUAAAUGAACUGACUACCCAAGAGAAACAGAACCAGUUAGUACAAAAUGAAAACUGUGAUGAAAAUUAGGUCUUGUCAUCAGACUACUCAAGAGAAACAGUACCAGUUAGUUUAAAAUAAUAAUGAUAAAAAUUAGGUUUUGUCAUCAGAUAACAACAGCCCAUAAAUGAACUGACUACCCAAGAGAAACAAAACCAGUUAGUACAAAAUAAGCAUGAUAAAAAUUAGAUUUUGCCAUUAGAUAACAAAAGCCCAUAAAUAAACUGACUACCGAAGAGAAACAGAAUAAUAAAGCUAAAUGAUUUCUUUAAAUUGAAGUGACCAGAAAACAGAAAUACCUCACUGUAUUGGGAAUAACUUGACUAAAAACAAACUUACCUCAAGUCUAAUAUCACUAAUAUGUAACUUAAGUCCGUAACAGAAUUUACAAGGCCAUCCGGUGGAAUGAUAUUCUACUGGCGAAGAACAUCAGUGAUCAAACGAACGAUGGAAGCGACGUACACAGUAGCUGGCAUCAUGUUGAAUUCCACUUGGCAUAGGCCGAUUUGGCGGGUUCAAGUUCCGGCGUUGCCACGUCUUUCGUCAGGAAAUCUCCUAAAUAUUUCAUUUUUGGAGAAACCCGUCGGCCGGACUCCACAUAUUUUUUUUGAGUGCAUGCCAAUGCUUUUUGGGGUUGUAACCCUCGACAGACUCGAAAUGGGAAACGAAGACUCAUACCGCCGACGGUCGCCUUCACUUCAAAUGGUUUCAAAUCAAAACCACAGCGCUUUUGAACUUUGAAAGUUUAAGGUAGAAUAUUAAUUAAUUAGUAAGAAUUUAACUCGGUUACAUCGCAUGAUCGCUGCCUGACCCUCAAAAACAAAAAAAAUCAGACAUAUACGCUGCCGUCCAUUCAUUUGAGCGGCACUGGAAACAAGUUUUUGCGGGCGCUUUGUCACACAUUUCCACAUGAAAUACGGGUCGCUCCUUCAAAAAAUUUUAUCAAAGUGACAAAGGAAAUAUAAAAUGCUUUAACGUAAUGUCUUUUAACCCUGGCGUGCCCGUCCCAAUCACCGGCAGUCCGAUCUGGAUUUGUUUAUCAUGUAAAUUACUUUCACGGCGUAGAUGACGCGAGCUUUUAUUUUUAAGAUACAUUUCGAAUGAUCAAAAUCUUUUUCAUUUUAAACAGAAAGGUCACGCCGCAAUAAAACGGUUGCGUGGGAUGCUGGCUCCUCGCCUUGCCUCGCGCUCAAAUGACGCGUCUCUCGCGGAUACUCGGUGUCUGGUUUACUUAUUAUGUUCCGGUCUUAAUUAAUUUUAUGACACCAAGCAAACACCUUUCUAUCGCGUACCAGGGCAUCAAUUUCCGGCGCCUGCUGAGAUUUUUUUUCUUGAGCAAAGCUUCUCAUGAUUUUUUUUCUGUUCAGGUUGACGUGGUCCUCCAUGGCGAAACCAGAGUUAUGCCUGAUGACGAUGGUACAGAUCCAUAUGAAAUUCCAAAGAAAAAAGGCAUUUUCAAGGUUGUGCCUAGUGGCAACUAUCUAACAACUCAUGACAUUGUUGAGAGGAUCAUUAAAAACAGGUGUGUUCAAUAGCUAGAUAUAAUUAAAUAAACAUAAUCCUCUCGGAGGACAUGAGCUUACUACCAAUGAAUAGUCUGUACGAAAAAAGGGCAAUGUUGGGUACCAAUAUUCCGAAGCAUAAACGUUUAACACUGUGUGCUAUAAGGACAAUUUUUUUCCAGAGAGAAAAUUUAAAUUAUAUAAUGGUUUGUUCCACUCAGUGUACCUUGUUUUUUCAACACAUUUUUUUUCUAUUGCCAACGUGUUUACUGUGUAUUAUCUGUGGAAAAUGUAUGUAACAAAACAUCCCGACAAGUGACAAUGGACCGAAUGUCCAUCAAAAACCACAUGCUUACAAAACAAAAUCGCUCUUCAAGGCAGUCACGUUGACUAGUGACUUCUAAAUUCCACAUGUACUGUAGCCCAUAAGUUUGGUUCUGCGGCCACAGGGAAAGUUAAACUUCUACAGAUAUGGUUCUGGGACUUUUGUAAUUUCUGGCCAAGAUUAAGCAUGCAAAUGUUGUAACAAAAUUACCAGAUUAAAGAUGAAAUUUUAAGAAUACUAGUGUUUUGAAUUUAUGCAAAUUUGUGACAUUUUAAUGGAAUGGUUACAUACUAAAGUUGAUAGAUUCGUGUUUGCAUUUUCUCACAUUGUGAUUUUCAAUGUUUAAUACUACAGAUGAUUAAAAAAAUAUUGAUUACUAGUAUAACUCAAUCAAAACUUAAAGCAAUAAAAUAAUGAAUCACAGAAUGGAUAGAAAUAGCAAAGAAAUUAAUCUGGCUAAAUUCAAUUCGAUAAUUAUCAUAAGAAAGCAUGUUUCUUGUAAUAUGUUAUUUGAAAGGCCAUUCGUCACGAAAGCAAACACCUUAUGUUUUUGGAAAAAAGUACAACAAAGAAAUAUUACAGUGAGAGAGAUUAUUUGAAACAUUUGGACUAGUAACCAAAGGUCAUAGGUUCAACUCCUACUCAGAUUCUUUCUUCUGUGCUGUCUGUCUCACUGAUUGAAAAAUCAUCUUCCUCAUGUAUUUACCAGGUUCAAAAUUCACCACAACAUCUCUGUCAUUGCAUGUAAGCACGUGUAUCAACCUUCUAUGUUAUAGUCUGUAUUCGUAGCUGUUUGCAGGAUGUUUGUCUAGUGUCCUCAGCUCCCAUGAGUCUCCUAUAGCUUAGUGGCACAGCAUCUGGACUAGAAGCCAGAAGGUCAUGGGUUUCAACUUCUAUUGGGAGUACUCAGAUUCUUUUUUCCGAGCCGUCUGUAUCACUGACUGAAAAAUCAUCUUUCUCAUGUAUUUACCAGGUUCAAAACUCACCACAACAUCUCUGUCAUUGCAUGUAAGCAUGUGUAUCAACCUUCUAUGUUAUAGUCUGUAGUCGUAGCUGUUUGCAGGAUGUUUGUCUAGUGUCCUCAGCUCCUAUGAGUCUCCUAUAGCUUAGUGGUACAGCAUCUGGACUAGAAGCCAGAAGGCCAUGGGUUUCAACUUCUGUUGGGAGUAUACUCAGAUUCUUUCUUCCAAGCCAUCUGUAUCACUGACUGAAAAAUCAUCUUUCUCAUGUAUUUACCAGGUUCAAAAUUCACCACAACAUCUCUGUCAUUGCACGUAACCACAUGUAUCAACCUUCUAUGUUAUAGUCUGUAGUCGUAGCCGUUUGCAGGAUGUUUGUCUAGUGUCCUCAGCUCCCAUGAAUCUCCUAUAGCUUAGUGGUACAGCAUCUGGACUAGAAGCCAGAAGGUCAUGGGUUUCAACUCCUAUUGGGAGUACUCAGAUUCUUUUUUCCAAGCCGUCUGUAUCACUGACUGAAAAAUCAUCUUUCUCAUGUAUUUACCAGGUUCAAAAUUCACCACAUUACAUCUCUAUCAUUGCAUGUAAGCACGUGUCAACAUUUUGUACUAAUCCUUGCAGUUUUCAAGAUGUUUGUCAUAUGAAGCUAGUUUAGUGGCCUUAGCUUCCAGAAGUCUCCUAUAGCUUAACGGUAGAGUAUCCGGACUAGAAGGCAGAAGGUCAUAGGUUCGACUCACAUUGGGAUUACGUGGAUUUUUCUUCUGAGCCAUCUGUAUCACUGACUGAAAAAUCAUCCUUCUCAUUUAUUCACCAGGGCCGAGUUGUUCAAAGCUGGGUUAAGAUAACCCAGGGCUAGUGCGAGAUUUGAAUUCAGAUUUGAAAGCUUAAAAAGUAUUUCAGUUUUAAUUCUUUUUGUCUGCAAGUUGAUGACUGGAACAUCUAAAAAUAACAGAGAAAAUUAUCCGAGAAAAUUCUUUCGAACAAAGGAAAAAGAAACCCGGGUUAAAUUUAACCCCGGGUUAAGCGGUAAUCGGCCUUCAAACAACUGGGCCCAGGAGGCUCAUAAAAAUUACAUUAUGUAUAAAUUUACAUGUACAUGUAGCACAUGUUUGUCAGUCUGCCCUCAUUUUUUUAGGGUCUUUCUCCAUAAUUCCCCCUGGACCUGCCACUGAUUUAUGUAGAUUGUUGUGGGUUAUUAUAACCUAAGAAAAUAGAAAACAGUACCUUUUUGCAUUUUUUAAUUUAUUUAUUGAAGGACAGAAAUGUGAAAAAUUACAGAGCCAUAACUGUCAUUACAAAGGCAAGACUAAAAAUAGUCAUUUUUUUCUGUAUGUGGUAUUCAAGAAAUUAAUUAAAGCUUUAAAGUUUUUAACAAGACAUCUUCCUUGUUUGUCUGCAUUUCUGAAAGAUAAAGGGAACUGUUGAUGCAGUUCUGAAAUACAGAGAAGAGUGCUUAUCUUGUUUUGCCAUCUUAUAUUUUAGGACUCAAUACUUUGACAUUUCAAAGAAGACAUAGAGAGUCAGAAAGUCAUUUAACAGUUUUGUUAACUUAGUUGCUAGCAGCUAAUGCAAAAGAUAUUUCCCCCUUUUAUGUGGAGUUGUGUAAAGUGAGGUCUUUCACAAAUUCAGCAAAAUUUACCAGAGGUCAUCAGUCAACCACCACUCGCUAAUUUGAAGCCACCUAAUAGACCCUUCCAUGGUUAUUCAACUUUUGACUUGGUCCAGUUAGCAAAAAUCUGUCAACACAGUUAACAAGAAUGCCUUAAAAUUAGUAAAAAUGCCAAGUUUAAAUGUGAUUUGUUGAAAACAAACAACAAUAUACAAUAGCUCUGCAAAGUCACCAUAUUUUACAUAUGUUUGUAUGGUGGGGGUCAAGUUCGUGUCCCCCACCAUUAAAACAUCCGUAAAAUUUUGAGACUUGCCCUUUUUUGGAGCAAUAUCUUCGCUCACCCUUAAUGUAUCACCUUUCAGAAAACUUGGUAAGUUUGCUAAUUUUAAGGCACUCUUUCUUGCAGUAUAAUUGCAUGUUUGAUAACUGGUCUUUAUCAAAAUGUGAAAAUAGUUGUUUUGUGGUUUACCUCACCUUAAAUAUUGUAGAGAUGUCUUUCAUUUGGACCUUUUGUAAGUAAAACUGUGGCAUUUGUUUGUGCCUCUUAGAUUGACAUUUGAAGAAAGGAACAAGAAAAAGGAGAAAAAGGAAGCAGAUGUUUUUGCAGAAAUGCAGAGAAGAAAGUCUGAAAGCCAAGAGAGAAAAGCUCUUGAAGAAAAGGAGAACAAUUAAGUCAACUCAACAUUUUUGCUCCUUGGGACAGGAUCUUUUAAGGAAAUUAUGUACUAGUCCCUUGGCCUAUAGUGCUGAAUCUUGACUUUGUCAUAAUUAUAAUACAUGUAUCUUCUAGAAGCAGACUAUUCAUAACAGGAUCUGUUUGCUUCCUAUAAUGUUUCCCAUAUAGUUACACGUGGUUCAAAUAAUUUUUGUGCAUGACAAACGCAGACAGCAGACCUGCUCUUACAGAUUUCCUAUCCCUAAAACAAGCCUUUAGAAGAUUUAAGGGGUAGGGAUAGGGAAUCUGUUAGAUUUUUUCACAACAAUGUUUACCUUGUUUACAUGCUAGUCUGAAAGUCCGCAGUCUGCAUUUGUCACACUUCGAGUUCAAAUCAGGGGAAGGGGUGUUAGGUGGCCAUUUUUGGCCUGAGCUGACUAAGAUAAAUAAUUAUUAACUAAGUUAUAACUGCAGCUAAAAUUUGUCAGGCUCUAUUCUUGUGACUCAAAAAAAUAAAAAUGGCCACCUGAAAGGGUUUAUGAAUGCUCAUUGUGACCAAUCACAAUGAAGACGAGGACACAGAAGCAGGCCAUAUAACCACAUAACUGGAUCAGUUUAGGUUUCUGGGAAACUGCCAUGCCCCUCUCCUAAACUAAUAUUUUGCCCUAAGUGAGAAGUAAGUGUUAAUGUUGGCUUAGGGGAGGGGUAGGUGGGCAGUUUCCCAGAAACCUAAAGUGAUCCAAACUUAUGACCAUUGCUGCUUCCAGCUUAGUUUUACCUGCCUUGUUGGCUUUUUCCUUGCAGCAUCAUAGCACUCCAGAAACAUUUCUGGUGUUUUCAUUUUUUAAAAUAGUAUUUUAGUUAAUUACAUGUUGAGGAUAAUAAUAUUAUUGUUGUUCAUGUGGUAUUUAUGGGUAACUUUAGUGUAGUUUCUUAAAAGAAAUUGCACCAGGGUCUUUCAGGGAAUGAGCAAUUCUUAAUUCAUUAUAAUUUAUCUGGUUUUGUCCAGUAUUUGUUUACCAGUCCCGGUAGUUAAAACGCUGUAUAGGACAAUUCACCUGAUAAAUUACUAUCCAGCGGAUUAGUCUUGUGAAACUAAUUGUGUUAUAAUUCAUUGGAUUAAGAUUUUAGUUAACAACCUUAUCUUUCAUUUAUUUUGUAUUGUGAGUUAUUAAUAUUUGUCCAUUUAGUUGUUUUCACGUUCAUUGGAAAACUUAAUUCACUAGUAGAUAUUAAUCCAAUAUAUUUGAAUGAGCCUGACCAGGAUGUGAAGAAUUUCACAGAUUGAAGAGGAAGUUUUGGCCUUGUUGAUAACAGCCUCUAAGAUCUGCAUAAUUUUUCACAUCGUAGGAAAGCUGUUUUAUUAUCCAUUGAAAAUAUGAAAUUUUCUAAGUUUUUAACAAGCUUUCUUCCCCAGAGACUUUCUUCAAAACAUUGGCCUGUUCCUUGGCACGGGUUCAUCAUUAAAAAAGAUGUUUUUUCUUGCAGCUAUUCCUCUAGGUAGAUUACAUCCAUCCAGGAAUAAUUAUUUUUGGUGUAUUUUGCAUUUCUUCUGUUCACUUUUAGUUAGAAAUUUAGCUUUUUUUCUUUGGUAGCUGUGAACUGUUUCGACACUAGUUUGAGUUCACUUGUGCGUAGAUAGCUAAGCUGCCACUGUACAGACUGAAAACAAGGUUAUUUGUGCCAUCGUACAAUGGUGGUUAUUGUCUACAUCUUCCAAAGAUAGACCGGGCUACAUGAAGCUGGUUUGAAGAAUUAGCCAGGGAUUGGAGCCAAGCAGAAAAGAUGAAAUAUUUCGAACGAGUAAUAUUUAUCGAAGAUGUUUUACAUUUUUUUACAGUCUUUCAUUAUAUAAUGAUUGACUUAGUCAUUAUUAAAUGCUUAGAACAAUGUGACUGUUUUAUUGGUAGUUUAGUUUUAUUCUGUUUUUUUACUUUAAACGUAGCUUGCAUUUCAGAGGGAGUUUGUGACUACUCUAAGGGCGCUUUCCAUUUGUCAGAACUGAAUGGCCAGAAACUUGCCGUCGUAAUGGGAAUUUCAUUUUUUAUCAAAACUAUACAGCCAGACCAGUCAAAUCCUAAAGAGUGUGCCAGAAGGAGAUGGUUUUUCAGCAAAACCCUUGGAAAAAGCCGAUUUCAUUGUCAAAUUAACUGGUCUGGCAGUGGUCUGGCCAACCAGUUCUGACAAAUGGAAAGCGUCCUAAGAC